GCGGUGCCGCUGGCGUGGUUCGUGGAACUCAGCGUAUCUUUAGCGCGAUUGUUCCUAGGAAUCGCAGAGAAAAGCAGGCAUUACACGGAGCUAGCCAGAAUGUGUGACGACGAGGUUGCUGCUCUUGUGGUUGACAAUGGAUCCGGAAUGUGCAAAGCCGGAUUUGCCGGAGAUGACGCUCCUCGAGCUGUCUUCCCCUCCAUCGUCGGCCGACCCCGUCAUCAGGGUGUCAUGGUCGGUAUGGGACAGAAGGACUCGUACGUAGGAGACGAGGCUCAGUCCAAGAGAGGUAUCCUCACCCUGAAAUACCCCAUUGAGCACGGUAUCGUCACCAACUGGGAUGAUAUGGAGAAGAUCUGGCACCACACCUUCUACAAUGAGCUUCGUGUUGCCCCAGAAGAGCACCCAGUCCUCUUGACUGAAGCUCCCCUUAACCCCAAGGCCAACAGAGAAAAGAUGACCCAGAUCAUGUUCGAGACC